AAAAUAUUAAUACAACUACUCUCUGUUUCGGCCAUUAAAAGCAUCAUCAGUAAUCAUAAUAAGAUUAUCAUUAAUGUUAAUAACAAUAACUCAAUGCAAUACCCAUACCCUUUAUUAAUAAGUGACACUUAGCAACAAUGAUAGAAGUCUAUUGAAUUUUAAAAAAUUUUUUCCCCUAAUCAAUUUUCACGAUAAUAAACAACAUCAACUUUUAAUCAUUAAUUUUAUUACUAUGUACAAUGUUCUUUUAUUUUUCUUCAAUAUUACUGAUAUUAUAAUGUUGAUGAUUUCAUGUGACUAAUUGAAUGAAGUGUCACAUGGAAAUCUAUUGACUUUUGCACUACAUCGAAUACAUAUCUCUAUAUAUGUAAUACGUAUAAAUAAGUGAUAAGUUAAUUGAUUUACUGGAAUAUAGAAACACAAACACAAAUGAUGUGAAUAAACACAUCAUUUUAAAAAACCAGAUAGGUUGGAUUUCAUUUUGUGUAUGUGGUGUGUGUGUGUGUGAGUGUGUUGUUAUUGUUGUUAUGUGUAGUGUGUGUACUUGCACUUUGCACUUAUGAGUAAAGUUUAAUCAGACUUUAUUUCUAAAGAAAAAAAAGAGAAACAACCGACUAGAUUCAGAGAGAGAGAGAGAAACAGAAAGAGAGCAAGACCAAAUUCGCUAAGAGACAAUUUUUAUUUGUAAUUUCAUUGUUGGCUGAGUUGGUUCCAAUAUUCAUAACACAUGUGUGCAAAACACGUAUGAAUCUACAACAUACACAUAUAUAUAUACACCUACAGAUUGAACACAUUCGUCGAAUUUGUCUCUAUUAAUCUAUCACACAGUGUUGUAUAUUUAUCUAACACACACACACACACACUGAAACUAACAUGUAAGCGUGCAUAUGCACUUACUUACAUGACACAAGAAAUCACAAUAUUAUUAUCAUUAAUAAUACUCUUAUUAUAACCAUUAUUGUUAUCAUCACCAUUACUCUGACAUAGAUUGGUCAUAUUCACAAUAAUUACCAUUGGAGGAAAUCAGGUCUACAAAUUUUUACUGGUUUUUUUUUCAAAAACAAAAACGAAAUGAACAAAAUAGUUAAGAACUAAUUGUCAAGGAAAUCUAUUUGUAAACAGAAAUGGAAUCUACCGAGGUCAAUUGUUCAGAGAAUUCGUCUGUUCAAGAAACUACAACAACUAUUACGAUUACAUCUACUAGCACUGUAAAUAAUAUAACUACUGAUAAAACUACUGAAGAUCAUUAUGAUUAUCAUGACAAUCAAACUGAAGUAUUAACAAAGACAAUUCAUUCAGAUAUGUCUGAUAGUAAUGAUUUACAAUCAAGUAUUAAUACUCAUGAAACCACUGCUUCAGAAUCAAAGGUAGAUGAUCAUGAAACAGAAAAUCCACAGAAUCAUAACAAAACAAAUGUAAUAACUACUGGAAUAAUGAUAAUAAGAAAUGAAACAAUAAGUCCUCAUAUUGAUACAUCCAGUAAUGAAGUGAUUCCAAUGAACACUGAUGUUUCCAUAGAUGAGAUUGAAAUGAAACAAGACAAAACUCAUAAGGAGAUAAGUCAACAACUACAAGAAAACAAUUUGGAAAAUAAUCAAGACAUUAAAACAGAAGUUGAAUUAUCUUUAACAAAAUAUUCACCGGAUAUAUCAACCCAUAAAUCAUCGAUUAGUAAUCAUUCAUCAAUAAAUCAAUCAACUGAACAUUAUAUUACAACACAAGAGGAAUCACAUGUAAAUAAUGAUAAAGAUGAUGAUAGAAAUAGUCCGAAACAUCCAUAUCGACCACCUCCACCAAAAGUUAAUCAAACUAAACAUACAUCAGUAUCUCUUUCAUAUAGUGGAGAAGAAAAUGAUGAUGUAAUAAGUAAAAAUGACAAAUUAAACGACAAUUCACAGAUAGAUACUACUACUACUAAUAAUAAUAAUUAUGAAACUAAUGUGAAGACAUCAUUAAAACAACAGCAGAAUGAAAAUGAUGUCGACCAGCAUAAACCUCAAUAUAAACGUCCAACAAUCAAAUCAAAUAUUAAACAUGUAUUUACUAAUCUGAGAAAAAGUUUUAAACGUAAAGAUAAACCAUCAAUCAAACGUGUAGUUAAUGAUCAUGAUAAUGUUGAGCACAAUCAUACAUACACUAGUCAACAAUCAAUGACAACACAUGCAUACAAUAAUAAUAAUAAUAAUAACGAUUAUAUUGAUCAUAGAAAUAAACAGUCAAAUUUUCCUUCAAGUUCAUCUUCUCAUCAGGAAUAUCAUCACCAGUAUUAUCGAAAUUCCAAUGAAAUACAAGAAAAUCAAUCACAAUUAUCCAAUGCACAAUCAUUGAAUAUCUCAAUUACUGAUUCAUUACAACAACUUAAAAGACCAGAAGAAGAUAUUGAUAUAAUAUAUUCAACUGAAAUUAUUGCACCACCAGCAAUUCCAACUAAAAUGUCAUCUGAUCCAAAUAAUCCUAUUUAUGUGAAUCAUUCAAUUAAACCAAAUAGACCACCAACUAUAGAUAGAAAAGAAAUGGAUGAAAAUGAUAAGCAUGUUUAUGCAAACAGUCAAGAAUUACGAACUGCAUUAAAGGCAAAGGAGUUUGCAGCGUCAGCUAUAGUCGACAGUGUGGUAUCCAACAGAGAAACUUAUUGGAAAGACGAAUUAAAUAGUCGCGAUACAACUAUUCAGCCAUUAAACAUGAAUUAUCAACAACAUUAUUUAACAAGAAGUGAACACUCAACACCUAAUCUAUCGAUUAGAUCACAAAGUUACCCAACUAAUAAUUAUCAUGAACAAAAGAAGCUUUAUUUAACAUCAGAUUUUCUUUCUACCCAACAUCAGUUGUCGUCGCAAAAACCGACACGACCAAUUAAUCCACCACUUCUAUCCCCUAUGGAUCAUCAUCAAAGACAAGAUAAAUUAGAUGAAAAAAUCAGAUAG